GUAGAUGCUACUUGCAGCAAUGGACAAGUAGCAAUGGACAAGUAGCUCCUCUAAGAGCUGGAGAUUUAUUUUGCAGCCAAGGUGUUUGUCACACACGCAAAAGGGGUACUGAGGUGAUGGGAGCCGAAGACAAAGAAGAGGUGCUUGUAACUCUCUCUGGAGGAGGCCCCUGGGGCUUCCGCUUACAGGGAGGCUCUGAACAGAACAGACCCCUCCAAAUAUCCAAGAUUCGCAAGAGAAGUAAAGCGUGUCGUGGGGGCCUAAGGGAAAAUGAUGAACUUCUAUCUGUUAAUGGAAAGCCAUGUGCCGGCCUCUCCCAUGCCACCACCAUGCAGAUCAUCGAUUCUUCCAGUAGCACCCUCAGCAUUGUUGUUACAAGGGCAACGACCAGAGAUCUGUCUGGGGCAAGAUUACUGCGCUCCCCUUCUCCUAAGCAAUUGCAAGCUGCCUCACUCACUUCUCCACUAAACCGAGCCUCCCAGGGACACCGUUCUGAAAUAGGAGAGCCCCAGAGUGCCCCAGAAACUGAGCAGUCCCAGCGGCAGCAGCUCUUGGAGAACGUGACCUCCCCACCAAACAGUGAAGCAUACUAUGCUGAGACAGACAGUGAUGCUGAUAACAUCACCCAAGAAAAGCAUCGGAGAGCUCGCAAGAAGACUCCCCGUUCCCCCCCAGGGGGACCAAAUAACAAAGUGGGUGAGCCACAGGAUGAAGUCUCUGAGCAGAGUGGCUAUGACAGCACACCUGAAGUGGUGGCACGAGGUGGAGAAGGAGAAGGGCUUGGUGGAGUGGCUAAGAGGGAGAUUGUAUUUCACACAGAAAAUUACACUGAUGCACCUUUCUCAGAGAGAGAAGUUUUGUUACAUCCAUCGUUAUCUGAAGAGAUGGAGGAUGCUCCUGAAGCUAUGCUCCUUCCACAUGCAACUAGGACAAUUCGAGCAGAGCGCCACUUGAUCCCCAUGAUAGGUCCUGUGGAGCACCCUGUCGAUGAAGAUCUGACUACCAGCUAUGCAGAGAAAGCAAAGCUAGCCAAGCUUAAUCGUGGUGACAGCAUGCAAGAAAAAAACAUGAAGGAAGCCAAAACCAAAUGCAGAACCAUUGCGUCCCUGUUGACAGAUGCCCCCAACCCCCACUCCAAGGGAGUUCUGAUGUUUAAAAAACGCAGGCAGAGAGCUAAGAAAUAUACUCUAGUCAGUUUUGGGAGUGUGGAAGAAGACCGCUGCUAUGAUGAAGAGGAUGGAGUCUUCCCAACUAGUGAGUCAGAAUUUGAUGAAGAAGGCUUCUCUGAUGCUCGAAGUUUAACCAAUCACUCAGAUGGAGGCAACGCCUACCUUGACAUUGAGAAGCCCAAAGGCCAUCCUGCACAGGAGCAGGCCCAGCUACAGCAAGGGUUGAGUGAAGCCUCAGGGAGAGGAGCACAAUUAUUUGAGCAGCAGAGGCAGAAAACUGGGAAGCAGAUGUUGGAAAAUAUGUCUGCCCAGAAACCAGAGGCAGAGCUCCCAAAUUCAACCAUUCAGUCUACAUACAGCAUGAUGGGUAUUGAAGCACCAAUGCCAUGGAAAGCGGAAAAGACGCCCCUAAGUGUCCAUUUAGAAUCUGCACAAGUUUCAAGUGAGCUGCCACCACCUAAUCCUGCUCAGCUCCAGUCUCCAUCCGUUAUCUUUGGAGAGGGAGCCCAGAUAUCUUCAAAUACCUCAGGCAUCUUCAACAGGUCUGCUCGGCCUUUCACUCCUGGCUUUUCUGGGCAACGUCCUAUGACAUCAUCUGUUAUGUUUAGACCUUUAGUGCUUAAAAAAAGUAGUGAGAGGGUAGGUGACCAGAGAACAGCUGCCCCUCCUGUUUCCACUGUUUUUUCAGGAACAGUCCUUCCUGCUCCUCCAUCAUCAGAGCAAUCUAAAGGCACAGCAAGUACAUCUGUGUCUCUGUAUAUCCCAACUACACCAUCAGUACAGACAGCAGCAGAUGCAAAAUCAGCAGAAGUUAAAUCACUUUCCAGAGCAGGUAGAACCUCCACUGCUUCUAUAUUUCUCUCGUCCUCUUCUAGACCAGCUGUGGAUGCAGUCAUAGCUACAUCUACCGUAUUACCUUCUCCACAAAUCCAGGAUUUUGCAUCUUCUCCUUUUUAUGUUACUCCAGUUCCACAGCCCCUCAAUCAACCCUCAAUCCAGCAAUUUGCCAGUAAUGUCUCUGCUAUUCCACGACCUGCUUCUGAGCCCUUGGCCUCCAGGGAGCAGAGGGUUGCAGUUCCAGCUCCCAGAACAGGUAUCUUGCAGGAGGCCCGCCGCCGAAGCAGCAAGAAACCCAUGUUCAAAUCUGUAGAAGAGAAGAAAAAGAAUUCCCCAAACCCAGAGUUAUUAUCCCUUGUGCAGAAUCUUGAUGAAAAACCCAAAGGGGACCACCAAGGAGCAGGAUUUGAGUCAGGCCCUGAGGAAGAUGUUCUCAGUCUGGGAGCAGAAGCCUGCAACUUUAUGCAGUUCUCAGGCCGGAAGUUCAAGACCCCACCUCCAGUAGCCCCUAAGCCUCAGCAGUCAAGCACCCCUAAUGGAAUGGUGAACGGCUCCUCUCCUGCACAUGGCCUGUCUCAUUUGAAGGGGAAAGGGGCAGAGCUUUUUGCUAAGCGGCAGAGCCGAAUGGAUAGGUUUGUGGUGGAGGCUGUACCAACAUCAAAGCCAAGAACUCCAUCUCCUGCACCUUCUCUUCCCUCUUCCUGGAAGUAUUCACCAAAUAUUCGUGCCCCACCUCCCAUAGCUUACAACCCAUUACAUUCCCCAUUUUACCCAUUGGCAGCUAGCAAAUCCCAGGCCACAAAGGCAGAGAGCAAAAUUAAAAAAGCACCAAGCCACAAAUCAGGGAUCAAAGUCAUUGACUUCCUCAGACAUCAACCAUACCAGCUAAAUUCUGCCAUGUUCUGUUUUGGGGAGACUCCAAACACUGGUGUCCAGACCCCCACAAGUCCAACAGUUCAACAGUCCAGCUUGUCUUUCACACCGGCCAAGCAAGCCCCUGUGAAAACAACCAGGACCUAUGAAAUUCGUCGUUUUUCCACCCCUGUCCCAAUGCCAAUUUCAAGUGGUGUGGCUCCCACAGUGUUAGCUCCUCGUUCUGCCACAACAUUGGAUGAACCAGUUUGGAGAGCAGAAGUGACCUCAACUUCUGAGCCUGCGUCCCCAGGGCCAUAUCAGGGAGUUCCCCUCCAAUAUCAAAGUUCUCCUGAACUCAGUGAGAUGAACAGAGGUGCUUCCUCCAGCUGGCCCAAAUCAUCCCUCAAUUUCCAGGUAGCUAGACCCAGGUUUUCAGCAUCCCAAACUGGAAUGCAGGCACAUAUUUGGAGACCAGGAUCUGGUCACCAGUGAAAGAGUUUUUUCUGUUCGUUUUAAUAUCUUCAAUUUUGUAAGUGAGAUUAGUUUUAGCUCACUGCUAAUUGUGCUCUGAAUUGCAAACUUAGGUUUGCUUCUGGGCAGUGUGCAAAAUGGCCAUAGGCACAAGCCGGAUGUUUAAGCUAAAUACUUGUCUUUGUGGUUCCCUUCUUCUGUUUAAACCUAAUUCCUAUAAAUUAGAUCAGUGAAGACAAACUGGAGACAAACUGCCUUUCUUCCUAAACCCAAUCCCUCCGUUUUUUUGGGUUUGAAAUUCUUCAACAGGAUUCAACAGGGUUUUGUUUUGUUUUGUUUUGUUUUUUUGGAGCAGCAAAAUAAAAUAGUGAAGGUAGAUAGCUUUUUCAUUUACAUGGCAGAUGAAUGAGACUCAUCUUAAACAACAGGAAGCAAUCAUGAAUAAAUUUUACCUCUGGAGAAUUAACAGCCUGCCUCCAUCUAAGCCCAAAGGUGGACAAAGAAAUAAAAUUGCCAAGAGUGGGGUUUGGGUUUUUUUCCUUUAUAGGGAAACAUUCCCUCAGUUCCCCCACAUUUUGCCCUUGGAUUAGCAUUCUGAGACAAACAGGGGACUCCAGUCUGCUUUGCAAUUUAAAUGUAUGUAUGUGUGCCUCUGGAUCAGUCUUGGCUUCUGGCAGCUGCCUGGACAAGAUUUUUUUUUUUGCAAAGCUUUUCCGAAGUGGCUUACUAUUACUUGUUUCUUAGGGCUGAGAAAGUUGGACUGGCUCAAGAUCACCUGGCUCAGCUGGCUUCAGGCCUAAAGCAGGACUAGAACACAAGUCCAUGGUGCUUUAUAAUUCUGCGGCCAAUGUUUAUGGCUAAGAUGUUUGACUGAGACCCAAAUUCAAGGUCCUACUUAGCUCUAGACCUCUGGGUCAGUCAUUAUCUUUCGGGCUUCUUAAAGAGCUAAGGGAAUGAGGAAAUUAAGGGCAAAACAUCAUGUGUUCCAUCAUGAACUUGUAGAAGAAAGGAAGGCAAAAAUACACACAUUAUAUACAAAUAAAGCAGAACAUUUGAAAGGCACUGGUUCACAUAAAUGUAUCUGCAACCUCAGCCUGUAAUUACUAAAUGGGACAGGAGCCAAAAACUAAAUCCUUCCUUCUCAGAGUCUUAGCAAAAACUGUGCAUGACUUUUAGGGCCAGGAAGAAAGACUGAAAGGGCUGGGAAUGAAAAAGGCAUAGAAAUGAUCUUCUAGGUUAAGCAGCUGUGAUACAACCAGAAGACCUUAGUCUCCCUAUCUUCUUAUGACCCAUUUUUUCCUAACUGCAAGAAAGAUAUAAAUGUAGAAAGUUUACUCAUCAGGUCUUUUCCUGGAAGCCAUUUUCCAUAAAUCAGAAAAAAUAUUUUCUGGAGGCUUCUGAGAAAAAAAGAAUAGGUUGAGAGAAUUCACGGGAGCAAAACACGAAGUGUUGACUAUUGAAUUUGCUAAAAUAAAGGAUGGCAUUCAUCUCUUAUUACGAGAGAGCAAGUAGAAGGGGGGAGGGAAGUAUGAGCAAGUGUGAAAAUUCAUGAGGUAGGAUUUGCAUUCAUAUCUAAGAUGAUUGAUUUAAUCACUAAGCCAAAACAUCAGCAAAAGUCCUUAUAGGCUCUUGCAAUUUAAUUAAAGAUAACAAGUGAGGAGAAGUUAUUUUACAGCUACUUGAAAUCUUUAAAUGUACCCAGGUAGUGAUGCUAGAAGCAAGAGGAUAUUAAUCCCAGGAUUACUCUGCAUUCACUCAGUCCCUUGAAAUUUUGUGAUGGGGGUUGUAUUAGGAGUGCAGUGCAUAGGGGAAAACACUAAAAAUAUAAUCUUACCCUGGGUCCUCCUUUGCCAGCAAUCACAUCUAGAUCCUUGAGAAUUUGGUGUCAAAUACCCAACAUUCAGUCCAAUUUUAAAUUAGCCCAUUUACAGAAAAUUUACAUGAGCUAAAGUCAAAGGAUUGGAGUGUGCAAAUAGUGUAUUUUAUCUCGGAUGUCAGGAUCUUUCCUAGGCUGCAUGGCUUGACAUCAAUCUAAACUGCAGUUCUUGAACUGGCUGUCUGAAUAAGCUGCCAGAAUUAUUUAUAUUAUUUUGACAGUUCUUGUUGCUAUGAAUGGGAAAGGAAUUACAUGUAACCUAGUUUAUCUGGACCUUCAUUCAGUGGAUUUCAUACUUUAGAUACAACAGGUAAGAUUUUAAUUCAAAUCUCUUCUUCAAAACCAAUUUUGCCUAAAAUUGUCCAGGCAAUUGUUGCAAGGUAUGCCAUUAAUGUAAUCAUAUAGACAACAAUUUUUUGAAUUUUGCAUCAAUUUAUACGUUUUGUGUGAUUACACAAAUCAUAAUGUAAAAAAAUUCAGUUAGUUCUCCAAACAAUGUAAAUUAGUGCUAAUGACAUAAAUUGGAUUUAAGGGAUAGUUGGAUUUAAUGGGCUACACAUACACAUCUGUUAAAUAGCUUUAUAGCUUUGUUUAUGCAACAUAUUAAACUGGAAAACAUGGUAUUUGAGCAUUUGCAAGCUGCCAUAUAACUAGGUCACAGCCUUUUAGCCCUUACCACUCUGUCCAUGUUGGGUUUCCUAUUGGGACUUCUAACAAACAGUUCUGAUUUCUGAGAUUCUAGAGCAGGAUCUAUUUCAGGUUCCAUUGACACAGAGAGCCUGUGUUCAGAGAAUUGAAUAAAGAGCCAUAGGCAAUUAAGGACUUUGUAGUUUAGCCUAUCAUGCAGAGACAAAGGGCCUGAAGAAAGCUAAAGAACUGCCAGUUUAGGAAAACCUAAUGCAAUUGCCAAAUCUCUUUGGGAUGUUUUAAGAAAGAAUCCUUGAUGAUGAGGCACCAAAAAGCCACCUAACUUUAAUACCAAAUAAUAUUUUCAAUAGGCAGGAGAAUUCUAGUAAGAUUUUAAAUAGGGAGGAUGGUGGAAUGAAUUCCAAAAGAAAUAGCAAUUAGCAUAGAUUAACCAAGAAUUUGUACUAUCCAAGACUGAAACAAAUGGAGAUUAAAUGGAGGAGACUUUGAGAUCCAGUUUCUAUAACCAAGUCCAAAUUUUAUAAUGCAAAGUCGAGCAUUGCUAGGACUCAUUGCAACCUUUUGGAUCUCAUGGAGUGAAGUGUGACCAUUCAGAAUGAACACACCUCUCAGAGCAGAGAGUGUCUGUUGUGGGUCUCGAGAACUUUUCAGAACUGCUCAGAAAUAUCAAUUUUCAGUACAAGCCCUAUUAAGAAAGUAAAGGAUCUUACCAUGGGAAUAUAGCAGCUGAGCUAGCCCUUUCCUCCCUCACUACUGAAUUUUCUGUUAACUGGAUAAUAGAUAUGAAGUUGUGGUAGGAAACACUGCCAAAAGACGCACCAGCAGUCUUCAGCUAAGCCUCCGGGAAAGGGACAACUGCAGCUCUUCCAAUCGCUGACUGAAGAACACUAAAAAGUGAAUUUUUUACUUGGAAUGCAAAAAGACACUUUGGAGGAUUUUUGCAUCUUUCUGAUCAUCACAUUGGCUUUCUCCGCAACAAACUCAAAGAAUGAUCUUUGCUAGAGUGAUGUUUGUGACUCACAAUGAUGCUUCUCCUGCUUUUUCUGAAGAGUGACCAUUUCAUGUUGAAGAAAGGAACCUGCCAGCUGGAAGCUUCCCCCCCCCCCCCAACUGUGUGAGGCUGAACUUCUGAAGUAAUAAUAGAACUGACACUGUCAUUCAAAUUUUUUUUUCUUUCAUUUGAAACUAAAAGUCACUUUCCAAAUGCUUGUGCUGAGGAAUAAAUUUCUGAUAUGCACUUUAA